AUGAUUUCUCUUCUGGAACUUACACCGAAGCUCGCCCUGUCUGUGGCACUUCUCGUCGUCUCUCACUUCCUAUGGAAUUAUAUUCGGUCCCCACUGAAGUCAUUUCCCGGUCCUAGCCUGGCAAGCUUUACGAACAUAUGGCGCAUGCAAGAUGUAUUCAAGGGCCGUUGUGAUAUCACGCAACUCAAGCUGCACCGCAUGUAUGGGCCCGCUGUUCGUAUGGGACCUAAUAUCCUCAGUCUCUCCGAUCCAAACAUGAUCAGUGUUGUUUAUAAUACUAAAAGCCCAUGGGUUAAGAGCACAGCGUACGGUGUUGUUGACGUUAUCAUCGGUGGUGUGCGACUGUCAAAUCUUUUUUCCAGUCAGAAUGAGAACUGGCAUUCGACGUAUAUCCGCCCGGUCAAGAGCUUGUAUUCUUUGAGCAAGGUUCAAGACUUUGAGACAAAUCUCGAUAUCACUAUCAAUCUUUUCAUCGAAAAGCUCCGGGAGCGGUUUGUCCGCCUGGGUAAAACCUGCGAGAUGUCUGAUUGGAUCGACUUCUUUGCGUGGGAUGCCAUGAGCCAAGUCACAUUCUCCCAAGAUCUUGGUAUCCUCGAGGCCGGUAGUGACUAUAUGGGUUUCCUUGGAAAGUCCGUUCAGUCAAUUGGCUACUUUGCUUUAAUCUCCCAAAUCCCUCUUCUGGACCAUUUUCUAGCUAAGAACCCAAUCGUUCGCAUUGGACCACCGACCUUUGUCUGGGCCAAUGACUUCAGUCUUCAACAACUCAAAAAGCGAUAUGAAGAAGGCGAUCACGAGAGCUCUGAUUUCCUUUCUAAAUUUAUGGCUGCUAAGAAGACACAUCCCGAAUUUGUUGACGACAACACCAUCAUUAUGUGGCUACUCUCCAAUGUCCUUGCAGGUAGUGACACAACCGCAAGCACCCUGUGCGCGACAAUUUACUACGUGUUGAAGAACCCUACAGUGUACAAGAGACUUUGCGAUGAACUCCGUGCCGCCAAUCUCUCUUUCCCCGCCGGGUGGAAAGAGGUCCAAGGACUAGAAUACCUUGAUGCCGUGAUGCGUGAAUCAAUGCGCAUUAAUCCCGGAGUCGGCCUCAUGCUCGAGCGUAUUGUGCCUAAAGGUGGUUUCACCCUACCGGACGGACACUUUGUGCCUGGAGGGACUAUCGUGGGCAUGAAUCCAUGGGUGAUCAAUAGAAACGAGGCGGUCUUUGGGGCUAACACAGAAGAAUUUAUCCCCGAGCGCUGGCUGCAGAACCCCGGGGAGCCGGAUGAGUCGUUCCAGGCGCGCUUUUCCAAGAUGAAAAGCACUGAUUUUACAUUCGGUGCUGGGCCGCGUGCCUGCUUGGGAAGAUAUAUCUCCCAGCUUGAGAGCUAUAAGCUGAUUGCGACCAUUUUCAACACAUUUGAUAUGAAUCUCCCCAGUCACGACCAUGAGUGGCACCUCGAGAACUCGUGGUUCGUUAGACAUCAAAACAUUCCUGUCCGCCUGGUAGAGCGGACAUCGACCCCUCAGAUCUAA